UUCUGCCCCGUCCUCCAGGUCUUCUUCCCCUUCAGCAUCCAGCUCUACCCUCGCGAGUUCCCCGGUCACGACCCCCGCGACUGUCCCCGCGACGUGGGCAAGGCGGCGGCCCUGCGCCUGGGCUGCAUCAACGCCGAGUACCCCGACUCCUUCGGGCACUACCGCGAAGCUCGCUUCUCCCAGACCAAGCACCACUGGUGGUGGAAGCUGCAUUUCGUCUGGGAGCGGGUGCGGGCACUGCAGGAACACGCUGGGCCCGUCCUUUUCCUGGAGGAGGACCAUUACCUGGCACCCGACUUCUACCACGUCCUCAAGAAGCUCUGGGCCCUGCGUGAGCAGGAGUGCCCCGAGUGCCAAAUCGUCUCCCUGGGCACCUACAGCCCCGUCCGUGGUGGCUUCGCCGGCCGUGCCGACAAGGUGGAGAUGAAGACGUGGAAGUCCACUGAGCACAACAUGGGCAUGGCCUUCGGCAGAGACACCUACCAGAAGCUCAUUGAGUGCACGGACGCCUUCUGCACCUAUGAUGACUACAACUGGGACUGGACUCUGCAGCACCUGACUGUCUCUUGUCUUCCAAAGUUCUGGAAAGUGCUGGUUCCCGAAAUCCCCAGGAUUUUUCAUACUGGGGACUGUGGCAUGCACCACAAGAAAUCCUGCAGACCGUCCACCCAGAGUGCCAAAAUCGACUCUCUCUUGAACAGCAACCAACAGUACCUGUUUCCCGAGACUAUGAGUGUCAGUAAAAGGUACUCCAUGGCACCCCUUUCCCCUCAUGUGAAAAAUGGAGGGUGGGGAGAUAUUAGGGACCACGAACUCUGUAAAAGUUACCGCAGACUUCAGUGAGGAUCAUUCUCGCAGCCUUUUUGAGUUGUUCCAUACUGCCUUUACGGGGCGCACACGUGUAUAAAAAGCAUUUAUGAGUUGGUUUCUGCUUUAAUAUGAAUAAACAUUCUUGUAAAAGGUGUCCC